GUUACCUUGCACAGGAGAGCAAAUUUCAGCACUUCUCACAUUGCCACCAGGUUUUGAGUACAACUCCAUAGACAUGAAGCCUUCUUAUCCGUCCUUCGUGAGAUCUGCUUGUGACAAAAGUAAGCCUGUGAGUGCUCAGAAACACAUUUCAUUUCUGCUUGUAUUAAUCUGUAAGUACAUGGUUUGUUCUGCUGGAAAGGGUCCUACUAAAGAAUUUAUUCCAUUAGCCGCUGCAUUAGCACAUGGUAAGCAUUUUGCUUUGGGUCCCUUUUUGCUUACUUAUCUGUAUAGAAGCUGCUAGGAUGUCACGGCCUACCCUCUAGGUAGUAGUGGUAGGCCACUUUGGGUGUUACAGAGGAAAGUGGUAAUCUGGAAUCUACCUUGACCGUCCAUCCUAAAAAACCAAAUCUGCCAAGGAGUACUACCAGAAUUCAAACCAAGAGGAAGGUUACCAUUUCAGCCGAUUCUUUAGAGGAGUAUACCCCCUCCAAGCAGCAAAGAACUAAAGGAAUCAAGAGGCCAGCAGUGAAACCUACAGCUGCCAAGAAGCUCAUCAAAUCUGCCUCCCCAUCAGAAUCCACUUCUGCCACGGAAACCCAGAUUCCUCCUAACAAAACAGAAGAUGUUUCUCCCAAGCUAGACCAAGUCGAAGAAAACAGUACUGCAAGUGAUGAAGGUGAUUCUACCACCAUCCCUACGAAAUCUGGCAACGGUUCUUCUCCAGCCACAAAGAGUGUUACUGCUGAUGUGUCCAUGAUUGAUGAUAAUCUGGAAAAUGAACUUCUUGCCCAGCUAGACAUGUUGAUGGAUCCUCCGGCUAAAUCUGGAUCUGCUAUAGAUAGCAAAGGGAAGGCUGUUGCUGAAGAAGCGAACCUCGACAUCGAUCUCCCUUCCCAGGAGCAGAUUAGCUUUGCUAUUAUUACCCUACAAGAGCUCCUUGAUGGUGAUCCUUCUCAUUUUUGCAAAGUGCCGGACCAACCAGUUGCUUUUGAAGUGGCUCAGAUCCUUAGUCGAGCUCCACAAUUAUCAUCUACUCAACAAAA